GCUAAUGACUACUCGACGAGCUACGCACAAAAACAGCUGGUAUUCUGGAAGCAGAGAUGAAUUGAAUGAGCAAUUGUCUGGCUGGCUCAACAAGGCUUCUUUUACUCAUGGGCCAGCCAGGGCAAUAAUUUCCCCUCACGCUGGUUACUUUUACUCAGGAGCAUGUGCCGCACAUGCUUACAAGCAAAUUAAUCCUGAUUUAGUAAAACGAUAUUUUGUUUUCGGUCCGUCACAUCACUUUUACCUUGAUACUUGUGCAAUACCGUCUGCUGAUUAUUUCGAAACACCGUUAUUUAAUCUGCGUAUGGAUACUGAAGUCCGAAAAAAUCUCAUGAAAACCGGAAAGUUUGAUAUUCUUGAAACGAAUCAUGAUGAAGAAGAGCACUCAAUUGAAAUGCAGUUCCCAUACAUUGCCAAAAUUAUGGAGGCUCACGCUGAAAACUUUACCGUUAUACCCGUUUUGGUCGGCAGUUUGUCUUUUUCAAAAGAAAAAUUAUUUGGGGAGAUAUUCUCCCCUUAUCUUUCUGAUCCUGCCACUGUCUUUGUGAUAUCUUCUGAUUUCUGUCAUUGGGGCGAUCGUUUCAGCUACACAUACUACGAUCAAAGCCUUGGCGAAAUCUGGAAAUCGAUUAGGGAUCUGGAUCAUAAGGGUAUGGAAUUGAUUGAGAAACUGGAUACAUUGGGCUUUCACACAUAUUUAAAGGACUACCGAAAUACCAUUUGUGGCCGCCACCCGAUUGGCGUGUUGUUACACGCUAUUGACGCCCUCAAGUCAACAACUCUGGAACAACCCACCCUCAAGUUUGUGCAGUACGCUCAGUCGAGCAAAUGUCGCAGCCAGCGUGAUUCCUCGGUUAGCUAUGCAUCCGCCUCCCUGGUUUUCAAUUAG